UUGUUGUUGGAGUUGGUGGAGUGGCUUGCUAACUUAUUUGCUCUGCCAGGCUGCCUGCAUCAUGUCACUGCUUAGCCUUGUGGAUGAAGCCAUCAAGUUGUGCAAAGUAGAGGAGACCAAGAUAAACGAGCACAUCCUUCAAUACAGGGAGAUACUGCGUUCUUUGAGACCACAGCAGGAAGACUGCAAGGAAAUAGAACUGACAGAUGAUGUUGAAAAGGACCCAGAUGUCCAACUGGAGGAGAGACGGGAGAUGGAACUGCUGAAUCGAUUGCUGGAGAGGGCCCUCAGAGUUCGCGUUGGCACAGCACCCCAAAAAGACCCUCAGAACUGUACAGGACCAAAGAAAGAACCAAUGGACACUACACAGGGAAAGGGAAGGGCUCUGACCCCAGGUGGCACCAAAGGGAAUAAAAAUGGCAUUAAAACUACCUCCAAACCCAUCACGAUGGACAAAAAAGAGUCCAGAAAGUAUUCUGCGUCCCAUCUCUACAGGGGUGGAAGGGGGAGGAUGGGUCAUCCGGUAGGUCAUUCAGGACAAGGCAGGGCAAGCAUGAUCAGAAGCUCUGUCCAGAUCCAGAAACGAUCUGUCGUGUCAUCAAAGGAGUUUCCACCCCAGUCCUCUGGGAAGGCAGUGAAGCAGGCUGGUCCUCCAGGUCCUGUGUCACAUAAUCAGGGUCAAUCACCGCAGGCCUCAUCAGCACAUCAUCAGGUUGAGGUGUCCCACAGGUGGUUGUCAGCUGCAGCCACUUCCUUCCAGCCCCCUAACGGGGACACGGUGUCUGUUUCACACAUGGAGGGGAUGCCAAAAGCACAUGUAAUUUCACCUCCACAGAAUGGAGCUCCCACACAGUGGUUAACUAAAUGGAUCAGUCUAAGGACCAAACAAAGCAGGUUAUGGGACAAAGUCCUGGCUCUACAAUCCAAACCUGUGGCGGAGAGGAGUCACUUCACGGAGAGAGUGAAAGCCACUUUCCCCAGAGAGUGUCCAACCAGUGGCAGACCGGCCGACACCGGGGCUCAGGUGGACAGACUGACACAGCUUUGCACGGAUCUGAGUCAUUGCUACCAGAGCGAGCGGCUGCUGCUGCUGACUGGCCAGACCUUCAGAACCUCUGGCACUGAGCCAGGUACCAGCCCAGCCAGAGGAGAUGCAGAAGGGGGGAUGGAAGGAGGGAUAACAACAUGCCAGAAGAGGGAACAUGAGACCUUGCUGAUGCUGGAAGGCCUGGACAAGAUGGUGGCAGACCUCCGUAAACAUGCUGGACAGCUGAGAAAAGAGCGGGAGGCAUGGGAUCGAUGGAGGAGGCCGAAGGGGGAAGGAGCGGGCGCGUUCUGCCCCGUCAGAAGUAAGGGCGAGUGGGGUGACCUGAGUGGGGUGACCCCCUUGCCCCCCACCCUGACCUACACCAGCCAGGCAGAGCUCCAGGAGGUGGAGAGGCUGAGGUUGCGAGUGGAGCUGCUACAGCAGGAGGUGCACCUGCAUCAGGCUCUCUCUGACACCAUGGUCAUGCCCUCCGCUCCUGGACUUCCCAACCCCGCCGCGCUCCGUGACAUUUACUCCCUGCUUGGAGAGGGAGGGGUGAUGUUUCCUACUCUGGUUCUGGACACAGAACCUGACUAAAGGAACAGGUCAAAUCAACUGAACAGGCCAAAUCACCUGGGUCAUGUUUAUUAGGGCACACAAUGCAGCAGAAAACAAAAAUGAAAGUUUCUAAUUGGACAAGUCCCCUCCCUGUUUCAUUCGGUGUUCUUCCAUUUGGUGCCUAAUGAACACGACCAAGAAAUACUAUUGAAGAAUAGACCAAUGAGUGUCUUAGGAAGGGACACCGAGAACAGAGGAAGAAGGAUGGAGAAUCUUCUGAAAAGAUAGAUUUUUGUGUUUUGGGAAUGUCAAUCUGUGUAUUUAUUUGGAGUGAUUGAGCAUUUUGGUUUUACAUUGUUCCUUUUUGUAUAUUGUAAGACUCUUAUAAUUAGAUUAAAUUAUUCAAAUUGAUGGAUAUUGAAAAAGUUUCCCAUUCGGUAGUCUACAUCUACAAAUGUGUAAUACUUUUUGUUUAAUAAUUAAAUUAAGUAAAAAUGUUGUAGGUCAACUAAGUUGGGGUCACUGACAUGCUGUGAUUUUAUAUUUGUCAGCAGGUGGCGCUAUACCCAUGACGCGCCUUUCAAAUCAAAAACAGCCUACAUGCAGUACAUUAGUACUUGUUAUACAGACUACAUACAGUACAUUAGUACUUGUUAUACAGACUACAUACAGUACAUUAGUACUUGUUAUAUAGACUACAAACAGUACAUUAGUACUCGUUAUACAGACUACAUACAGUACAUUAGUACUUGUUGUACAGACUUCAUACAGUACAUUAGUACUUGUUGUACAGACUUCAUACAGUACAUUAGUACUUGUUGUACAGACUUCAUACAGUACAUUAGUACUUGUUAUACAGACUACAUACAGUACAUUAGUACUUGUUAUACAGACUACAUACAGUACUUGUUAUGCAGACUACAUUCCCUCUUAUCUAUCUAAUGCAUGUUAAGUUUUAAUUUUAAAUAUGAAGUACACCAUUCUUCCCCCCUAAAUGAAUACUGUGGUUAAUACA